AUGGCACAAUCUCACCCCACAUCACCCAUGUCGCUUGCCAAGAUAUGCAACUCAACCAACGACGACGAUGCCCCAAAGAACUUGAUACCGUCAUUGUCCAUUGACCGAGACGAUCCCAAUGUGCAGCUUGCUGCUGAAGCACUUGGAGAUAUGGCACGCACACAAGGCACUGGAGGCAAGAUUGUAUUACCACCUUUGCCUGCAUUAUCAUCCUCGGGUCCACCCUCGCCCUCUUUAGCAGCAGCAACAUCCAACAAUAACAACAACAAUCGAUACUUUUCAUUCUCAAGUGAUUCAUCUAUAGCCACGACUGAAGAUGAUCCAACAACAGCAGCAACCACGAAUUAUGACAUUGUUGAUUCAGCAUGGCGUGCGUAUCAUGGUUCGACCAACAUGGUCAAAUACGGUGCAGAAAUGGUGGGAUCAUUCUAUGAACGCUAUGGCCGACGAUCUUCGACUACUACUACAGCUACAGCUACAACAACAACAGCCACACCCAUGGAACAAGAUGAUGAAGAUGAAGAUGUUACUGUGGCUACAGCUCGAAUUCUUGCACGCACCACCCUUUCUGAUAACGCUACCUCACCAGAGCAACACGAUGUAUUGAGGAAACGAAGACACGAAGAUGCCCGACGACGAUCAAAAUCACCUUAUGCAAUUCAACCCCAUCAUCAUCAUCAUCACCACCCCCCACGUCGUCGGACUACCGCUACCACCACCACCACCACCACCACCACCACCACAGCUCGUCAACCUUCAAGCACAUGGCAACAAUUGGUGGUUCAUGCUAGUUCAGCAGCCGGUACUACCGCAGCUGUUAUCAGUGAAGAGAGCAUGAAAUGUUUACGUUAUUGUCUUAGUUGGAUCCAGUAUGCUAUUCAUCAUAUCGAACAACAAAUGGCAUUAUUGCGUAGCUAUCUUGUAUCUCUUGCUAAGGAGCCUACUGCCAAUUCUCAGCCUGAAGUUGUCACUCGUGUCAAGAAAGAAAUGAUUAAUACCGUACGCAAGGUGGUCGAAGUCGUUAGCAAGUAUGCUGGAUCCAGUUUACCACAACAAGCCAAGGAGACGGUGCGAGGUUUCAUCCUAAGUCUACCUGCCAAGGCCAAUGCCAAUCUCAAAAACACAACCAGUGCUCAAGACCGUGGUCAAGAGACACCUAUCAAGCUACUCAACUUUGGUGGCGAAUCCAUUGAAAUGCUUCAAUCGGUUUCCAACGUCUUUUCAGAUACGGUGGAUCGUGCUGAUUUGUGGUUGGAUCGUUUACGUACCAUGGGCGUAGUCCAACAAGACCAUAACAAGCAGCAACCCCAAGUGGUGGAUCAAGCCUAG